AUGGCAAACUUUGGGGGACGGAGAAUAAUUGACGGGAAAAUUGCAUGGCUUGUCUCUUACCUGAAAGAACAUUCACUUCCAUCUUCAAUGUCCAUUGCUGGAUUCGUUACCACUGGGAAAUUAAUGCACGAGAAUGUCAUUAAAACAGUGUAG